GCCCGCGCCUGGCGGCGGCGGCACCGCGUACCCCGCGCAAUGGAGCGGCGCCGGGGCUGAGCCGGGCGCGCACGGGCCGCCGCAUGUGCGGCGCGGGGAGCGGCUGCGGAGCGCUCUGGGAGCAAGCGCCGGGGGGCCCGUCGGAGCGGCGGCCGGAGCAGCGCCGGAGAUGGGAGAACAGCCCAUCUUCACCACGCGGGCGCACGUCUUCCAGAUCGACCCCAGCACCAAAAAGAACUGGGUGCCUGCGAGCAAGCAGGCAGUCACCGUUUCCUACUUCUACGAUGUCACCAGGAAUAGCUAUCGCAUCAUCAGUGUGGAUGGAGCCAAGGUGAUUAUAAACAGCACCAUCACACCCAACAUGACCUUCACCAAAACGUCACAGAAGUUUGGGCAGUGGGCUGACAGCAGAGCCAACACGGUGUUUGGCCUGGGGUUUUCCUCGGAGCAGCACCUGACCAAGUUUGCAGAGAAAUUCCAGGAGGUGAAAGAAGCUGCCAAACUAGCCAGAGACAAGUCCCAGGAGAAAAUCGAGACCUCAAGCAAUCAUUCCCAAGAAUCUGGGUGUGAAACCCCAUCUCCUACUCAGGCAUCCAGUGUCAACGGGACAGACGAUGAAAAGGCCUCUCAUGCGGGUCCUGCUGACACACACCUCAAGUCUGAGAACGACAAGCUGAAGAUUGCCCUGACACAGAGUGCUGCCAAUGUGAAGAAAUGGGAGAUUGAGCUGCAGACCCUGCGAGAGAGCAAUGCCCGGCUGAGCACAGCGCUGCAGGAGUCGGCCGCCAGCGUGGAGCAGUGGAAGAGGCAGUUCUCCAUCUGCCGUGAUGAAAACGACCGGCUCCGGAACAAGAUUGACGAGCUGGAAGAGCAGUGCAGCGAGAUCAACAAAGAGAAAGAGAGGAACACCCAGCUGAAGAGGAGAAUCGAGGACCUGGAGUCUGAACUGCGGGAGAAGGAGACGGAGUUGAAAGACCUCCGCAAACAAAGUGAAAUCAUACCUCAGCUCAUGUCAGAGUGUGAAUACGUCUCAGAGAAGUUAGAGGCGGCAGAGAGAGACAAUCAGAAUCUGGAGGACAAAGUGCGUUCCCUAAAAACGGACAUUGAGGAGAGUAAGUACCGCCAGCGCCACCUGAAGGUGGAGCUGAAGAGCUUCCUGGAGGUGCUGGACGGGAAGAUCGAUGACCUGCACGACUUCCGCCGCGGCCUCUCCAAGCUGGGGGCCGACAGCUAGGGCCGCGGGGCAGAGGGCGGGAGCGUCCGUCUGUCCGUCCGCGCAGGUGCGGGUCGUCGUGUGUGCACCCCGGGGGCGCUGUCCCCUCUCACCUCCCCGGCCUGGCCAGGCUGCCGAGCCCGGGACGAUGCUGACUCAGGAACCUUGCGCUCGGUCUCCCUUCGACUUUUACGCGGUCAGGGCAGGGACGUUUGUAUCUCUCUCAAGGGCUGUUGCAACCAUACCAACUGAACAGAGCAUUUUCUAAUCCAAAUACAAACACCCUUUACACCUCCUUUUUUUUGAACGAGCGUUCAGAGUGUUUGAACGUUCAGUGGGCACCAGCACGUGGGACACGGGAGUAGCAGCUUCCCUCCCGUAAGAACCAAGAUGUUUGCAAGUGCCACGUAGCAGAGGCUCAUCCAGAGAAAGAAGACAAGUCUCUGGUGGGCGCACAGGGAUCACCUGCAUCCACUCUGCCCCCCUUCCUCCCGCCUCCAGUUUGUAGGGUUGCGACAAUGUUCCUUUCCUGGGUUUUAAUUUCUAAGCGGAUGAUUGUGCUGUGGGAACAGCGUGCAGUGAGGGUGCUUAGCACAGUGCCUGGUACAAAGUAGGUGCUUAAUAAAUAUUUGUUCAAUUCAACAUAUAAACAGCACUUAGUGUGUUAAUCAACUCCCCACCCCCAGCAGCCUCCAUCGGACCCUGUUGAAUAAUCCAUCAUCUUGCCGUGUUAGGUGAUUAUCAGACAGGCAUUCAUUGUGCGUGGUCAAGGUACCAGAUGGGCUCGGGUGGCCCCAGGGCAGGGCAGGUGGCAGUGGAAGCAGCAGGAGCUUGUCUGAGGUCCCUCACUAGCCCAUCCAUGGUGCUGUGCCCCUGGGUGCCUUCAAACCGGGACCACUCUUCUCCAGGCUGGGGAUCUAGGAUAGGACCCUGUGUUGGGACUGGAUGACUAAGGAAUCACACAAGCCCGUGAGGGAGAGUUUGCUCAAACUGGCUGAGCCAUGGCCUUAGUGACAUAGGAGCUCUGCCUCUGUCUUUCUCCGUUCCUGCUAAAGGUAAGGGCCGGAGCCAUAACGCUCCCUUCUCUUACUGAGUUUCUCAGUGGGUGCCCUGCAUGGGGCAAAAUGGCUUGAAUCGCCGGCCAUAGGCAUUUCUAAAUGCCUUUUGGGGUGGUGGAGGCUUUGGUGCCUCCUUCUUACCCUCUCUUACCUGCUUUGAGAAACCACCAAGAGAACAUCCCUUUCUAGAAAGAGUUUCUAGAAUUCCCCCCUGGUGAAUUUGGACGAACAAUAAAACAGCCUGACGAGGCAGGUGGGACACACAGAUGCCUCCCAGGCCCCAGGAUGAAUCCUGCCGUUGAGACCACAUCUCUGAGCAGAGAGGUCUCAUUGAAAUGAGAGAAGGCCAGUCAUCCAGAGCAGCAAGGCAGCUCAGGGGUGGGGGGGACGCGCAGGCUGAGUGGGUCGGCUUUGCCUGAGCAUACUGGGCCCGUGGCUGACAAAGUGGAGAGCAUGGUCACCUCUCGGUGACUUGAGAUAGGGUGCUGCUGGCCUGCCUUUUCCCUAGAGCUCCAGAUGGGCCUCAGGACAGUUGGUAGCAGCUCCCUACUGGUCCAGAGAGCCAGGCUGGCCGUGGUCCGGCCCCAUGGCCCAGCAAUGGCUAUAGGGGGUUCUUCUCAGGCCAAAUCAGACCACCCAUCAGCAGACCAGGCCUAGGGCUGUCUGGGAGCAGCACUCACUGAGAUCCCAAAACUUGAGCUUGAGUCUUAUGGUGUCUGCCACCUGUCUGUUGGGUGACUUAUUGAUCUGGAAGGAACCAUCUUGACUGACCAGAGCACACUCAGGUGGCGUAUUCAUAGGAUAAUAGAGUUGCCAAAGCCCUUCAUGCACUCCAUAGCAGUGAUGGUGAGAAACAUUGGCAGAAGUAGCGCCAUGACCAUGGUGGGCUGCUGUGUCCCUCUGUGGUUGAGACUCAUGAUAGCUACUCACCUGUCCCUGGGGAAUUUGGAAGCACCUUGCUGGUAGUAGGUGAGGAUGCAUGAUGUGGCCUCCUGGGUUGCAGCCCAGGAGCUAAGAGCGGGGUGGGCUCCUCUAAGGGAGCUUGGGUUCAGCAGGGAAAGCACCACAGCUGUACAAAACCACUGGCCUUUUACUUCUGCUUUUCUCUAAGAUCUUAAGGCUUUUUCAUUGACUUUAUUUAAAAAAGAUAGCCCUGGGGGCAACCUGGAGGGUCCAUGGAGAGACUACCCAUCUGACAGCCCCUGGCACCGUGAAGGUGGGUUCCACAGAAUGAAAAUGACCCACUAAAUUCACCCCGUGUUUCUCCUGAGCCAGGUUGACAUGCCCUCACCUACUGGGACAUGUAGCUCCACCACUGGAGCCGAGCAUGGGCAGCAGGUGUGCCUCUCACUUGUGAGCCUGCCAGCCAUGGUUCCGGAGGAUCUAGAGCCAGGACUGCAUUUCCUUUCCAGGUCAUGUCUCCUGAUUUUGACAUGCACAGGGCUGGCCCCCCGGACCUGGAUUAGCUUUUGUCCUACAUCUGUGAAAUCUGGGGCCAAAGGGGGGUGACAUGAAAGAAGCAUGGAACCCCUUCAUAACAGGCCCUAAAAAUAACUACUCCUGGGGCGCCUGGGUAGUUCUAUUAGUGAGGUGGCUACCUCUUGAUUUCGGCUCAGGUUAAGGUCUCAGUCCUGGGAUCGAGCCCCGUGAUGGGCUCCCUGCUCAGCCUGCUUCAGGAUUGUCUCUGUCCCUCUGUGCCUCCCCCCUACUCACCACUCUCUCUUUCUCCCUCUAAAAUAAAUAAAGAUUUAAAGAUUUUCUAAGUAAAGACCCAGCUGGGUGCAUCACAAAAUCGAGAGGUGAGGGGAGAAAUCUUCCUAGCACCCAGGGAAUGUAGACCCCAAGUGACAGGUUGGGACAGUGUGGUCAUGCCUUGGAGGGAGAGCAAGCCAGUGUCCACGCAAGACCUGGAGCUUGGGUGGCAUGCAGUCCCACGCUGUCCUGUGUGCUCUCACAAUAAACUUCAGGUGGGUGAGAGGGCUGGGCAGAGUUAUUCCCCAUUUUGCAGAUGGGAAGCAGAGACAGACGGUGACACACUGUCACCUAUCUAGCGAGCAGCCUUGUUGGCUGUGCAUCUGGCUCUCCUGGCUGUUGGUCUGGUGUCUUUCUGUGGGCCAUGCCACCGUUCUCCCUUUGUGACCUUUAGAUGCCAGGAAAAGAAUUCUCUGAUGUCCUGAUGAGAGCACAUUGCAGCUAUAUUCUUUUAAUAUAUGUCCACAGCAAGUGAUGAUUUGUAAGCAAGCGACCUAGAAUUACAUUUACAUUCAUUACAGACAAGAGGUUCCAUUUUUGAGUGGCUCUGGCUUUGCAAGGAUCUUUCCGAGAGUGUUGGUUAUAACCGUGUUCUGAGAAAUCAGCUUUGUGAAACACAAACACUUCAAGUUCUUUACUGGUGGCUUUAGCAGAAGUAGAGCAGUUAGUCCAAAACAAGCGGGAAGGCCCAAGAUGGCAGGGCGGUGAGCAGAGUUGUGGCUGGGAGGUUGUCCAGCCGCUCCGCAUCCCCUUCCCAGACAGGAGCCAGCCCUGGGGAGGGGAGCAGGCCAGCCCAGUGCUUAGAGUGGGUGGAGCAGGACCUGACUUGACCCCCAGAGGACUGUCCGGGUGGGCGUUUGGUCUCUAGCUUGCAGGCUCCCUGUGGACUUUCCAGACUUGGGCAGCCCACGAGCAUCACCCUGAGGAUGGUGCUGCCUGGCUGGUUUGUACUGCACUGGAUGUGAAGCUUGAGUCAGAGGUAGAACAGAGUAUAGUUCAGGCGCUCCCUGGAGGUACUGCCAUCUGCCCAUUUUAAAGGACUGCUUUUCUGUAGAAGUGAGGGGCACUGUUGGAUGAGAGCCAGCCACAGGGCAUGCCGGGGACCAUCCUGGGGCACCCUACAUGCGGCCAGGCGCACCCUUGGAAGGAAAGCAGCCAUGAGGUGACUUAGCACAGGUGUUCGAAAAGGCUGCCCUAUAAGAAGGAGCUGGCCGUGCUCUUUGUUAAUCACCGAGAGCGGGUCGUUUGUAUUGCUGGUCCUUCUGGAAGUUAUGACUCUUUUAUUUCUUUGAGAUAGUCACUGGAUUUUGAAGCGCUGACAAUUUAAACUAGAAGCUUGCAAAUCAGUGUCCGUAUACAUUUUUAAAUGAUAUGCAUGGUUUAAAAGGAGCCUAAUUCGGAGUAUGUGGUUUCUCCAAAAGAAAUAUUACAUAUUCUGGGGUUGGUGGGGGUGGCAUCACGGAGAGGGAAUCCUGUACAGAAAUGUAUGUUCUUCACAUGUCUUUUCCAUACACCUGUCUCAAGGAUGUGGGCUUUUCUGGUUCCUCUUUAAACACUAGCCAGGCAAGAGGGCGACUUUGGUAAUGAUUUGGCAGCUGGGUGGAAUGUUCUGGUGAACUCAGGAGUGCGAGUGCUUGCGUGUGUGUUUGAAAAAGUGGGAGAAACUAUAAGGAACGGUUUUAAAUUAAAAAAUCUAUAUACCUAAGAACAGUCCUUAAUAAUCCUGGUGGUGAUGUUAUGUGUUCUGGAAUCCGCUGAGGAGAAGAUGAGUUUGCGAGUCUUCUGUUUCAAGUGGAAUUGUACAGUGCCCUACUCUCUUUGAUGAUGCAGAGCCUUGUGAAAAGUGGUCCCCCAGGCCACACAGACCCCUGGCGCCCCUGGCAGGAGCCCAGAGAAACCACAGUGGAGGCCAGACUGUGGGACGUUUUGGCAGAUGAUUGACAGAUCUGAUGAUCCGCAGCUGUUAUGGGGAAUGUGUUACUGUUUUUACCCUGCUGUACCACUUUUAAUAUAAAGUCCUGAUUUUAAAUAAAUUGGUGUAUCAAUGUCUUGUGAUAGAACAGCCCAUUAGGCAUUUCUUAUAUCAAAUGUAAGAAUUUAAUGAUUAGUAUGAGGUGGUCAAGUGGGACUCUCCCAGGGUACUAGGGUGUGUUUUUUUUUUUCCUUUUUAAAUGCAUUUUUGGUACGUAAAUAAUAUAUACAUUUUUUAAAAAAGAAACUACAGAUGAGUGAAGAGGAAAAAAUUACCUGCUAUUAGACCAUCUGAUUAUAACCACUGUUAACAUACUGAUAUAUAUCUUUUCAGACUUUUUUCUAUGCAUCUGUAUUUAUUUUAUUACUUUUUCAUGAAAUUAUGAAAUAAUUAUAACAAUUCUGUUAUACACAGUUUUAUAACUUUUUUCCCUUGUGAUAGUAUAUUUGUGACUAUGUUUCUGUAUCACUGAAGAUGUAAUUUCAUCAUUUUUAGUAUCUGCAUAGAUUUGUCCCUUGGGUACGUGGGCGGUUCCUGAUUUUUUUACUGUCACAGUCAAGGAUAUGAUGAAAUCCUUCAUUCUAAUGUCUUUAUAAACUUUUCAGAAAGUUUAUAAUUAUCUACGUAGGAUAAUUUCUAAAAUUGGACUUGCUGGCUCAGAAGUUUGGUAGGCAGUACACCUGCUGCUCUGUGUCUCCUCCUGGGCACACAGGAGCCUCCUUGACAUUCUGGCCGAUGAAACGUGGGCAGAAGUGACCUGAGAAACUCCCAGGCCGAGAUCGUGAGAUGCUCGUGACCAGUUUUCCAGGUUCUGCGCCCUUGCCUCCAUGCGGGGUGUCCUAGCCAUGGAGACUUUGUCAGCCUGGGUCCUUGAGUGACUGCAGAAGAACCUCUUUCUCCCUUCACAACACCCGCCUGCCUGCCCACACAGACAUGGAGUGUGGAUAAGCAAGAAACCUCCGGUGGCACGCCAUUGGGGUUUCAGGGUUAAUUUGUCACUGCAGCGUGACAUGUUCUAUUCUAAUGAGGGUACACAUAUUUUUAGGACUUUUAAUAUAUAUUGCCUCAAAUUGCCUUCCAGAAAGACCGAUACCAAAUUCUACUCCCACCAGCAAUGUAUAAGAAUGUCCUCCUUACCCUGUAAUUACUGGUGUUACCCGGGGGUUUGGGGGCUAGUUUUGAUAUGCAUUUUUUUGAUUAAAGUGUGACCUUCACUAGCAAAAAUACUUAUUGGACUAUAUUCUUUUGUACUUUACCUAUUCAUCUCCUCUGGUCACUUUUCUCAUAAGAUGUGUAGCUGUCUUGAUGAUUUCUAAGAACCUCCUUUCCCUAUAAAUACCGUAAAAAAAAAAAAGUGUGUAUGGCUUUUUUAAAUGUUUAGACAUUUAAACAGUUUUUUCUUUUUAUUCAAACCUAUCUUUUCCUUCAUGCCUGCUACCUUUGCACUCAGGCUUAUGAAGAUCUUUCGGAUUCCAAUUGCAAGAUUGUAUAGUCACCAGGAUUUAUUCUUAUACUUUCAUUGUUUUUAAACAGUUAAGUCUGUGGUGGUGUGGGGGGUGAAAUAGGCAAAGGGGAUGAAGAGCACACAUAUGGUGAUGAGCACUGGGGGAUAUUUAGAAUUGUUUGAUUCCUGUGUUGUACACCUGAAACUAAUAGAACACUGUAUCAACUAUACUGGAAUUUAAAAAAUAAAGAGACCAAUGAAUAAAUAAUAAAAAUGAAAAAAAAUGUUA